CGUAAUGCACACGAAAUGGUAAAUUAUCAAUCCAAUCCAUGAUUCUUUGUAUUAAAAUAUUGUUGAGUAUCGUUUUUGGUAUAGAAAACAUAAUACCUCUCUGUUGGCUUCAUUCUCCUCUAUUCACUGUUUGUUGGAUUUUUCUUAUGAAACUAUGUUUCUUUUUCGCAGAUUAGCAUUUUCAACAUGUUUUAUCACAGUUUUCAAUUUUUCUCCUCAAUUUAUGAAAUGACACAAGACAUAAUGACCCAUUAAACACAUAAUUGAUAUAAAAAGUGUCUGAAUCUGAAGCUUUCUAUGACCAAUUCCUAUAUUCAACAAUUCAAAUUUAAUACCCCGUUCACACUCUCUAAUGUUCAGGAAUUUUGCACUUUUUAAUAUACGGUACUUAUGACUGUUUUUUUACCAUUGACUAGUGUUAGAUGAAAUUAUUUUAAAUAUUAAAUGUAUAUUACAUUAUGUUGAUUUAUUAUUGUCCUGCUUUCCACCCACACACUUUAUAUUUUUUUAUCCAAUUACCUAUUUUUUUUAAUGACUUUAUAUAUUUAAAUCAAUUUGUAACUUAUCAUGAUUUUUUUAUUCUUACCGGUAUAUAAAAAUGAACCAGUAGUUGCCAUAAUGUUUUUGAGAGUCUAGUAUAAUUUAAUUCUGAGUGAGUGACUUUCAAUUGUGCAAAUUUAGUUCAAAAAUGACUGCUUAGCCAACUAUGAUUCUUUCUAUAUUUUCAAUAAAAUAAGUUAUGUAGUUUUGAUAGUUUAUAUAAAAGUAUAAAAGAAUAAUCUGUGUUGCGAAAGUGCUUGAAUUGUUAUCUGCUGCAGAAUGGAUCCAAAUAAGAAGGUUUUUGUUGACGAAAUAAGAAAAGUUCAUAAGGAUUUGAGAAGGAAGUAUCAAAAAGAUCCCGACUUUUCUAAAAUCUGGGAGGAACAUUGUAAGAACGAGGAAACCUUGAACAAAUAUGCGAAAUCAAUGCAAGAUCUGGCAACAGUGAUUUGGGAUGAAGAUUGUGAUGGAACUCACCGGAUAAAUUGGUGUGUCGACACUUGCAAAAAAUAUUUUCUUGAAAAAGAAAUUAAUAAAUAUCUUGAGAAAGACGAAAGAAGAAAACGUCAUUAUAAAAAAGAUCCAACCCAGUUUCACCUCGGUCCGAAUCCUUUUGAAAGUUUCAACGAUGAGAUGAAGGAUGUAAGUGAAAGAUCGUUUUGUCUACAAAGCAAACUUCGACUUCUGGACGUCGGCAGUUGUUACGAUCCUUUCAAAAAAUAUGAAGAAUUUGAAACAACAGCUAUAGAUUUAAGACCUGCUUGUGAGACAGUUCACAAAUGUGACUUUAUCAAAGUCGAUGUUUCCUCUGACAUUAAAGAAGAAGAGAAAUUCCAACAAACUGUGACAACAUUGUCUGCACAACAAGCUCCGGAAAUCUCAAUCCUACCGUCUUCUUAUUUUCAUAUUGUUGUGUUUUCUCUGCUUCUGACUUAUAUUCCGAGUCCACAAGUUAGAUGGGAGAUCUGCCAAAAAGCUCACAAGGUGCUACAGACAAACGGCCUUCUACUAAUAAUAACUCCAGAUUCGAGUCAUCAAAAUAAAAAUGCAGCACUUAUGAAAAGAUGGAAAAAUGCGAUUGAACAAAUUGGAUUCCAACGAAUAAAAUACUCCAAAGAUCGGCAUCUACAUUUCAUGGCGUUCCGGAAAGUCCCUCCUGAUUUUUUAUGGGAUAAACGUAAAAUUUCUGAAAUUUAUAGCAAUAAAAUAGAAAAAUUAUGCUUGAAUAUUCCACAAGAUUUUCAUGAUUGCGAUGAUGGCACCGAAAAUAAGACUGAUAAUGACAUCACAAAUGAUUUCAGUGAUGUCACAAAAGAUGUUGGUGCCAGUACCAAUGACAUCACAAAAGAAAUUAGUGAUGACCGUUGUAUUCAAAUAAAAUAAAAAAUAAACUACCUCAGACAGAUUAAUCCGUUCCAUUUGAUUCACGAUAGUGUUCACUUCCUUUGUGGAAAUAAAAUCGAUUUUAUGUUUCACUAUUGCAAAGUA